CAGGCUGACAAAUCUCGUAGUUUUCUCAAUCUCGCGCGAUUAGGCGAGAAGGCCAUUUACGAUUCAACAUGGCCGUUCCGAAUAGUGCAGUGAAAUUUAACGAUAUUUACGAGUUAAAAGAAGAAUUAGGAAAGGGUGCUUUUUCAAUAGUAAGAAGAUGUGUUCAAAAAGCCACAUUGCAGGAAUUUGCAGCUAAAAUAAUCAACACAAAGAAAUUAUCAGCAAGAGAUCAUCAAAAGUUAGAAAGAGAAGCUAGAAUAUGUAGAUUGUUAAAACAUACUAAUAUAGUUCGUCUACAUGACAGUAUACAAGACGAUGGAUUCCACUAUUUAGUUUUUGAUUUAGUAACAGGGGGAGAAUUAUUUGAAGACAUAGUAGCACGGGAAUUCUACAGUGAAGCUGAUGCAAGCCAUUGUAUGCAGCAGAUCCUGGAGAGUGUCAACUAUUGUCACAUUCAUGGCAUUGUACAUCGAGAUUUGAAGCCCGAGAAUCUAUUGCUAGCCAGCAAAGCAAAGGGAGCAGCGGUGAAGCUUGCUGAUUUUGGAUUGGCCAUCGAGGUACAGGGCGAUCAGCAGGCAUGGUUUGGUUUUGCUGGAACACCUGGGUACCUGUCACCAGAGGUGUUGCGCAAAGAUCCAUACGGCAAACCUGUGGACGUAUGGGCAUGUGGUGUAAUAUUGUACAUAUUACUGGUGGGUUAUCCCCCUUUCUGGGAUGAAGAUCAGCAUAGACUGUAUGCUCAGAUUAAAGUCGGGGCAUAUGACUACCCGUCUCCUGAAUGGGACACGGUUACGCCGGAAGCCAAGAACCUCAUCAACAGUAUGUUAACUGUCAACCCCUCAAAGCGGAUCACCGCUCAAGAGGCGCUCAAACAUCCAUGGAUCUGUGAUUGGGACACACUGCAACGUGAGCGUGUGGCUGCUGCUGUACACAGACAGGAGACUGUGGACUGUUUGAAGAAGUUCAAUGCACGCAGAAAACUCAAGGGUGCCAUCUUGACGACCAUGCUGGCUACGCGCAACUUUUCAAGUCGAAGCCUCGUGGUGAAGAAGAAUGACGGUAUAAAGGAAUCUACAGACAGCUCUGUCACCAUUGAGGAUGAUGCAGCAAGAAAAACACUUGGACCAAUGAAUGGCAAGAAGCAGGAAGUCAUCAAGCUGACUGAGCAACUGAUUGCCGCCAUCACAAGUGGCGACUAUGACGCCUACUCGAAGUUUGUAGAUCCGACGAUUACGAGUUUCGAGCCAGAGGCACUUGGAAAUCUGAUUGUAGGAAUGGACUUCCAUAAAUUCUACUUUGAUCAUGUGUUGGCCAAAAACCAAAAGCCAGUGAACACAAGCAUUCUGAACCCAACAGUUCACAUCCUGGGCGAUGAUUCUGCAUGUAUAGCCUAUGUUAGGCUUACUCAGUACAUUGACAAGGAUGGUUUACCAGCGACAAUGCAAAGUGAGGAGACACGUGUCUGGCAGAAGAAGGAUGGAAAAUGGCAGAAUGUUCAUUUUCACCGGUCCAGCGGACCCUCUGCACCAAAUAAAUAACCAGCACACGCAUCACGCCAUUGAUGGACAAAUUUUAUUUCCAAUUACUUAUCAUUGCCUUUCAUUCAGGCAAUUUUCUUACUCUAAAAUAUUGUUGCUCAUGUUUUUGAGAGAGUGACUGAAGAUCUUUAAAGGAGAAGCACUCCAAUGAAAAUGGAGUUGAAAGUUUGUGAGUUGUUUCCCAUGGUGGGAAAAUGAGAAGGUUUUCAAGCAAGACGCUCAGUUGUGGAGAAGAGAGAGUAAUAUUUGUGGUGAUUAGUUUUGUGAGGAGGUGUUUAAGAUAUUUUGUAGCUAUUCUAAUAUAUUGAGAAUCAUAGUGUCAUAUCAGCUAUUUUGUUUUAAUAAUUAAAUUAUUAUAUUGUUAUUACAAUUGUCAUUAGAUCUAUAAUACAUUGAUUGAACUUUGAUACCAUGGAAAAAAUAGCCAAUGAUAUAGAAAAUAAAAUAUUUUCUUAUUAAAUGCUUUAAAUUAUUUGUAUAAUUUACCAAAGAAUAAAUGAAAUUGGGUCAUAGAUUGUAUGGUCAGUCUCUGACAGGCCACUUUUAAAAUUAACAUUUUGAACACCCUUGAACUGUUUAAUGUACUUAAAAUGGUUUGAUAGAAAUCUCUCUUUGCUUUUACUUAAAGUGACAUCUUUUUUGGGACUUUUGAAUAUAUUCAUUGAUAAGAUAUUUACUGAUAUGUACAGCCAUACUUAUUUCCAUUAACUUCUGAUGGAAGCAAGAUUUUUGGAUUGAAUUAAGCCUAAGCAUGUAGCAAUUGUUAAUCAUAAUUCUAUGUUGAAAUAAUGUUUAACGUGAACAAAAACAUUCCCCUAAAUAAAAUUUAUUGUAGCAUUAGAAUUGUAGUUAGUUUUAAGAUAUUUUAUCACUGUAUGUAUUCAUGUUUAUUUUUCGAAAUUGAAUGUAAGUGUAAUUAAAUAUUUUAUGAACAAAUUUAAAAUUGUGUGAGAGGCGUUAUAUUAGCUCAUUUUAAAUCUUUAUUAUUCAUAUUUGUCAUUAAGUAUUGUAAAUUAUGCAUACAUCUUUGUUCUGCUGCUUUGGAAAAAAGCAACAUGGUGUCAAUAAGGUGAAUGAGUUCACUCAAGUUCAGUAAAAUUUGGAAUAGUAGUUUUGAAAUUUUAAAUUAUGAGAAUACACUGUCAAUUUGUUUAAUAUUUCCAUUUUAAACCAUACAGCUUGUAUCUGUAUCUGUGUUAAAAAAUGCUGAGAGUUUUGAACUUGAAUUAAAGUAAAUGUACAACUAGAACUUUAAAUUAUGUUUCCUUUUUCUUAAGUUGAUAUGCAAUUGUGUUUUAUUUUUCAUUCCUAAAUAAUUAUGUUGUUAAUUUUUCCAGGUUUUGUGUUGCCUCAAAACGUCAUCAAAUGUAUGAAAUUUAUUCAUUCACAGGCAUUUCCAUAUUCUGUUAAAAAAUCGGUAUUGAAAAGCCAAACUAGAAUAGAAAAAUGAUGACUGUUGUUCAGCAAACAAUAAUUGUAAGGGAAUUUUGAUCAAUUGAAGGGUCUCUCAUAGAUUGGCAACAAAUUCAACAUCUUUUAAAUCAAAAAUUGAAAAUAUUUAGAGAUUUUUUUUUAUAAAGAAAUAAUGUCGAUAUUGACCAAAAUAUACCCAUAUUCCAGCAAAUAUAACAAGUACUGCUUGGGAAACCAGUUUUAAAUUUAGCACAAGCACCUGCAGUGAUGUCACAUGAUGGUAUAAAUAGUAGUGCAGUAUCGUCAGCUGCACAUGUGCCGUAUACUCAUAUUACCAACUCAAUUCAAAGCAACCUUCUACAAAUGCAAGAUUUUAUUAUUUAUAGACAUUUCCUGCAUGGUGCAAACUUUUCAUCACUUUUUUUACUACCAUGAACGUUUACAAUACUUAUAUUGUCAGGGAAAUAUUCUUCCUAAAGUUGAUAUUUGCCAAUCUAUGGGAGAGCUCCUUGAAAACAUGUAUAGGACAUGUUAACAUUUGCAAAAACGCAAGACUGAAUCUCAAAUUAGGGACUGAAUUUUUGCAUACAUAUAUAAUUAUAUACAGUAAAUUCACACCAUUAUAAAUUAACUUACAUUUUUGCGCUUAUGUUAAUCAAUUGUUUUGAUCUGAAUUAUGGUUUUUCCUCCUUGAAAUUUAUUACAAUUAUAUAAGUAUACCCUGUAUUGAUCAAUAUAGACAAGGGUCCUGUAUUAGCCAUUGUUUUGUAUAAAGUUUUCAUGAGAUGUGUUUUUAUUUCUUUUCUUAGAUAUUAUUGUGUAAAAAAAAGCCACCUUCAUUGCAUGAACAUUUUCUACUUGGCCCACUUACUAUUGUGUACAGUAAACUGCGCUUACAACAAACUCCUCAGAACAUUCAAAUUUUAUCUUUUAUACCCAUAGUUUGUUAAACCAUGUACUGAACAAUUUAUUAUAAACGAUGCAUGUGUAUGAGGCUAACACAUAAAAAGAACAAGAAAUAUUAUCACCUGGGGUAAAUUAUCAUAAUCAUGCAUUUUUGGUGUAAAUUGGAUCCUCUUAUUCAUUAAUUAUUUGUAUACAAAUAUUGUAGCAGUGUUCCUGUACUGUACUCUAGAAAUUGUAUUUUAAAAUGGCAGCCUACUCUUUCGAUCCUAGUCUGAAUUUUUAUAAGGCAUACCUAAAAUGAAGAGUUUGUUUCCGCUCUUAUGAUCUACCCUUAGUUUUUGCAUUUGAUUGGGAUUUUUUUAUAACCAGCAAGAUAAAAAAAAAUCUCUCUUUUGGAUACAUAUUCAGUAGUUUUCUGCAUAGGAAAAAUGUAUUCAGACAGAAUGGGGACAUAAUUCACUGUAAAAAUUAUAUCAAGACACAAUUUCACUUUAAAAAUCAAUAGAAAAUCCUGACCUACCUACAUAUAUUUUUUGGCAAUGAAAUCAGAAACAGUUUUAUUUUAUUUUUUUAACCUUAUUUGUUUCCAGAAUUUUGACUUAUUUCUUAGUAACAAAAACAUGCAGGUGAAAACUGUAAGAUUGAUAGAUCAUAGACAGCAAUCUAAUUUUGCUUAGACAGCGAUAUGAAGCGUGUCACUUGAAACCUUUACAUAGCUUGGGGUUUAUUCCUUUUUUUUUCAAUGCUCUGAGUACAUGUUAACUUCAUAAUAUCUCAAAUUUAUGAUUGUAAACUAUUUUGGUUCAUAAUACUUAUGAAAUAUUUGAGCACUGAAUAUCGAUAAAAAUGUAUAAACAGAACUAAAUAUCUGACUAAAUUGUAGCUUGAUAUAGUCCAUGAGCAUUGUAAAAAAACUUGUGCAAAGAUCAGUUAAAGUUUGAGCCUUAAAACCUUUUGCUUCAACAAGCUAGUAUAUUUAAUGCAGGUGUUAGUAAAAAGGUACAAAAUGUUGAGUUAUGUUUAAUUAAUGACGUUUUUUUUUCUUUUCUUUUUAAAUACUAUUUCCUUACUUCAGAUGCAGUAAUUCCUUUACAGCAGUGUAAAUGUAUCUUGAUUCGUUCAGAUUUAGUUGUUAUUUGUAUGUGCAUAUUUACUUGUUCCAUGUGUGCAAUACCCACGCAAUUUUUAAGGCCAUUUCACUUCAUCAUAUAGCUAAAGUUUUACUGUUCGCCUUGUGAUAUUAUCAUAGACAGAAUUCAGGGUUUCUAAGAUUUAUUGCAAAAGUCCCAUCAUUUUAAAGUCAAUAGAUUGUAAAAGAAUUUUGCUUUGUCAAUUUUGAUUGCCAUAAAAUUUUCUAAAAGAAAUGUGAUUAUGUCGGUUAUAAUCUCAUCAUUUAUAUAUAUGAAUAAGAAACUACCCUUUUUUCUGAAAAAGCAACACUUUUUACUUGUAUGAUUAAAACAAUAUUUGUCAAAUUUCUUUCCUUCAAUUUCGUCACUUGUAAAUGCCAUAUUUGCUACAUAUAUAUAUAUAUUUAAUUUUUUUCCAUAUAAUGUUUAUUAAAUUUAUUAUAUUUCACAGUAUGAUUGAUUUUUAAUAAGAGAGUAGCUUACAUAAUUCAAAGUAUAAAUUUUAUCAUGUAAAUUAAUACCCUACCUAAUCAUAAUCAUGCAUGUUAAUUGCAUGAUUUAAAAUCAGUUGCAAAGCCAAUAUUCACAAACUUUGUAAAAAAACAACAACAGGUGAAUAAUUUUUUUUUUUUAAUUCAUCAAUGUUCAUAUAAUUCAUCUCAAAAUAAGCUAGACUGCUAAAUAUCUGGGGCCUGUUGCAAUAAGAUAUAUGAGUUUUAGACUUGUAAACCUUAUGAUGCUAAAAAGUGCUCGCUUAAAGAGUGCUCGGGAUUCCAUGUGAAAAAUGCCCUUGGGAUCCUUUUAUUGAAAUGCAGGUAACCCACAGAAGUGGAGUUAUGCUCACAGAUGGAGAGUUUUGACAACUGUUUGAUAUUUUGUCUUGAAUAAGCCAAUUUUUGCAUAAAUGUUUGGAAACCAGUGAUAUAAGACUGCUGACCAAAGAUCAGAACGCACAUUUCAUAUUUACGUUUGAAAAUACAAGUUUUAUGGCUAAAACCAUUACUAAUCCUUUAAAAAUAAUGAAUUUUUCGGCAUAUAACAUCAUCUUUCGAACGUGUGAUAAGUGUGAUCUGAUCUUUUGUCAGUAGUCUUUUAUUAAUGGUGUUCAGAGAUAUACACAAAAAUUGGUUUAUACCAAGAAAAAAAAAGUUGUUAAAACAGUCAAUCUGUGAGUGCAGCUUAAAGAGCUUUAUUGAAACCUGGCCCUGGAUACAAAAUUUGUAUGACAUUCAAUUGCUUGCAGAACAAUGAAAUUUUCAAAUCGCUGUAUAUUUCUUACAACUUUAAAUUAUUGUCACUGUAAAGAUAACACUUGUUAUAAAUAUUGCCUGUUUGUCUUUUCACAUUUUUUUCUUCUAUUAAAAUGAAUUGUGUUCUAAAUGUUGUUAUGGUUUUUACAAUUUUACCUCUUUGCUAUGGCCAGCUGACAUGGCCUUGGGAAGGUGAGAUACAUUGUUUGAUCUGUGAAACAUUUUUAACGUUCACAACAAUUAAAGGUUUUUUUUAUAAUCUCAUAUAUUAGACAGUGAAAAGUUGGCAAUUUUAAGAAGUUCUCAUGUUCCCUUAAAUGUCCCAGUUUCUUAAAUAUUAUACUUCUUACAUAUUUGUGAACUUUGAAUAAUUUUAUAUGGCUUAACAAAAAAAUGUUUGUUUCCAGUCACUAUUCAACCUUUUUUUCAGAAUUUUUUAACUUUUUAAGUGAAUAUUUAUGGUUAAAAAAUCAGAAACUUUGUUCAUGACGUGCAGACAGUAACAUGGAGAAUAUAAACAUACUAAUGAUUCAUGCCCAAUGUUUUGAUGAUUAUUUGUAUAUAUUAUUAUCAAUUAAUUUAUAUAACGAGGAACAAAUUAAUCAUACUUUUUAAUUGGUAAGUUUCAGAUCUGGUUCACAAUUACACAAAAUUUGUUAUUAUGAUAUAACUUUGUGUUCUCGUGAAAGAUGCAGUUUGUGUACAUAACCAUUGCAAGGCCGUGUCAGAGGCCGGUUGGUCCAUCACAUUGUUGUAUAUCAUUGUAGUUUUGGCAUUGAGUAUUCUCCAUACUUUUUUCAAUAAAACACAUCUCAAUAA